AAAGUCUCUCUCCUUGAGAAACCGUCAAUGCUAGCUGCUUUUCACAGUCGACGAUUCCUCUCUAGCAAUCGAGCAACACACACACACUCUCUCGAUCGACUCUCUCUUCCUCUAUCUCCUGACAAAAUCCUAGCUACGUUGACGCGAGGUUUGAUUUUGACAGUAGGGGUUGGCGUUCGUUCUCUCUCUCAUUUGUCGAACACUUCAGAUCGUUUCGAAGUCACUUUGCUUUGCUCUGAUUCGUGCGAUUGUUCUUACGUUAGGGUUUGUGAUUUCCAAUGGCGGCUACAGCUACUUACCCGCCUCCACCACCAUAUUACAAGUUGUACAAGGACUACAUUCAAAACCCUAACUCAGCUCCGGAGCCGCCGCCUCCUAUUGAAGGCACUUACGUCCUCUUUGGUGCCAAUUACACAACGGAUGAUGUGCUUCCAAGCUUGGAAGAACAAGGAGUCCGCCAGUUGUAUCCUAUGGGACCUAAUAUUGAUUUCAAGAACGAACUGAGAUCUCUUAACAGAGAUCCCCAGCUGCAUAUUUUGGAGCUUGCUGAUGUUCUUGUAGAGCGGCCAUCUCAAUAUGCGAGGAGGGUAGAAGACAUUUCUCUGAUAUUCAAGAACUUACAUCACCUUUUGAAUUCACUGCGUCCUCACCAGGGCAGAGCAACUCUAAUUCACCUACUAGAAUCUCAGAUACAGCGUCGUAAACAAGCUGUGGAGGAUAUUAAGCGGAGGAGAGAAGAAGCGCAGAAACUGCUCAAGGAAGCUCUUGGAACAUUGGAUGGCCAUUAGCCUGUAGAUACAUACUUCUAUCUUGAAAACUUGCACCCUAUGCCGUAGUUUUGUAUUGUCCAGAAGCUCUGAUUAUACUUCAAAAUAGUGGUGAGGGCUUCCUCUCUUAUUUGACUGUUGUUUACCAGUUAUAGGGAUAUGUGGAGCCUGUUCCAAAACCAGAAACAUUUUUUUGGUUGUUAUGUUUAGACUAUCUAUCUAGAUUCUAACUA